AUGAAGGGAGGAAAAUCGAAGGCCGAGCCGAAGAAGGCUGAUAGCAGGUACGAUUGUGCUGGUUGUCGCUGUCUGUGUACAGAUCGCUGGUGUUUGGAGUCUGCUCUUUCCGUUGUUAUUUCUUGUGUUAAUUCCUCUAGUGGUUGGGAUGGUAGAUCUAGGGUUACAGUAGCUGAUCCGGUGCUUUUUUAUUUAGGUUGUCUGUGAAGAGGAAGGGAUCUGAACGGGCUGCCAGCAAGAAGCCAGCAAAGAAGGCGGCUAAGGAUCCCAACAGACCGAAGAGGCCUGCGAGUGCCUUCUUCGUUUUCAUGUAUAAUUACAUCCUUAUCAACAUGAUUUUUAAAUUAUACGUUCUAGAUAUUUUCUAAGUCUGAACAUGAUUUUCCCUUAUAUUUCUGACUACUGGUUCACCACAUAUUUUUGCAAAUGAAGGGAGGAAUUUAGGAAGCAGUUUCAGGAGAAGAACCCAGAAAACAAGUCCGUUGCUGCUGUAAGGCUUCUAUCUUCGCACUUCAGCGUUAUUAUCUCCAUAUCUUUGAUCUUUAAUAUCUGUGGUUUUGGUGCGUGCGUUUUGUUUUCUGAUAUUCUCCUGACGAGAUUUAUUCCAUUGUGCCACACGACAGGUCGGUAAGGCUGGCGGGGCAAAGUGGAAAAGCUUGACUGAGGCUGUAAGUCUAUUCUCAGACGAUGGCUGUGACAUGAUUUCAGGCAGUCCGUCGAUGGUUAUUCACUAAUUCCAUGACUUCUCGUGUCUCGCGAACUACAGGAGAAGGCUCCCUAUGUCAGUAAGGCAAACAAGCGGAAAGCCGACUUCCAAAAGGUCAUGGCGGACUACAAUAAGAAGGUGCCCGCCGAUCCCUCUCCCCUUCGACCGUUGUGUUUCGAUUGCUAUAUUUCGCUGCCAUGAUUGUCCCCCAUGUAGCCACAUAUUGAAUGUUUAUGUUGAAUAAUAGGGUGCGAAGAGCACUGCGGAGGAAGAGAACGAGUCUGACAAGUCCAGGUCUGAGGUAAACGACGACGAAGACGACGAGAGUGGCGAGGUAAUCAUCAUCCUUCAUCUGAUCCUAAUCAAAUCUAUUUUUGGCUGGAUCUACUGCCUUCAUGUUACCUCGAAUUCCCCCCAUGAUCUACUGGCCCGUGACCAUUCGUCCGUUCCCAUUAUCCUCUGCAGGAAGAAGACGAAGAGUGA